UGUGAGUGCAUUAGUGUCUGUCACGUUCUCUCUCCCUCUCUGACUUAUAUUUCGGAUCACCACAGGAAUUUUUCUCUGUCAUGUGGAAAGGAUUUAACCAAACCACCUCAAAUUUCUCCUCUUUCCUCUGACAUUUUCAACAACCCACCACACAAAGCUAGGAGACAAGACAAUCCCAGUGUUCUCUUUUGUCUUUCUUUCUGCUUUUUUGUUUCUGUGUCUUUGUUUUUUUUUGGCUACCAUUUGUUUGUUUUUCUGAAACAGAGACAAUUACUGCCUUUCGGGGUUUGUUUUCAUACAACAAAUCCUUUCAGGAAAAAAAAAAAAAACUUUUUUUGUUUUAUUUUCCAAUAUGAGUUCAGUUUUUCCUUUAUGGGAUUUUCUUAUUUUUCUGUAUGCAUAGAAACAUAGUCUUUGUUUUUAUGUUCGGCUUGGUGGGUUUGCUUUGCUUUCGUGCAAUUUGUGAUAUUUAUUCUUUCCUGUGAGCGUUGACGAGUUGAUGUCUUUGGCUGUUGGAGUUGUUUCAAGUUCCAAGAACAUGGGGUUUGAUGAAAACAAGGAGGGAGGUGAGAAGAGUACAAGAGAAACAGUGGAAGCAAAUCGAGAGGCUGAUGGCGAGGGAGGGAGGAUAAGCAGACAGGUGAGUGAGGCUUCUCUGUAUGCAACUGAGGAAGAGGAAGAUGAUGAGGGAAACAAAUUAGAGUUGGGCCCUCAGUACACUCUCAAACAACAGCUUGAGAAGGAUAAGGAUGAUGAGAGCCUGAGGAGAUGGAAGGAACAGCUGCUUGGGAGUGUUGAUCUUAACAAUGCUGCAGAAACUCUUGACCCAGAUGUCAAGAUCCUUAGUCUGUCAAUCAUCUCGCCCAGCCGAUCUGACAUUGUUCUUCCUAUUCCUGAAGAUGGAAAUCCCAAAGGAUCAUGGUUUACAUUGAAAGAAGGAAGUAAAUACCGCCUAAAAUUCUCCUUCCAAGUGAACAAUAACAUUGUAUCUGGUCUUAAGUACACCAACACUGUUUGGAAAUCUGGUAUCAAGGUGGACAGCUCAAAAGAGAUGCUUGGGACAUUCAGUCCUCAGCUAGAGCCUUAUGUACAUGUGAUGCCAGAAGAGAGCACCCCUUCUGGCAUUUUUGCCAGAGGAUCAUAUUCUGCUAGAUCAAAGUUUCUUGAUGAUGAUAACAAGUGCUACUUGGAGAUCAACUAUACCUUCAGCAUCCGAAAGGAAUGGGCUGCUACCUAACUGAGAAACUUACCGACGAACCCUAGCAUAUCCUAUUAUUCAGUUGAUGUUAUUUAAUCAGUUGAUGUUAUUCAGUUGAUGUUAUUUAAUCAUAAUCAGAUUUAGAUUUCCAUAAAAUUUGACUGUAAGAGAGAAGAGUGUAUGUGUGAGAAAUUCUUUGGUGACUGCCUUUAUAAAGGAGAAGUUAGAUUGUUUUUUUCA